CUGGCGCAUGCUGCCAUUUUCGGCGGCUUUAACACCCCGUCGGAGAUCAUCCGUUCCAGGGGCAUCCGGGAUCUGGGUAUAUGCCGCCACGUUUCGAACCUGGAUAGAGGACUUCGUAACUAACAAGCCUGUAUUCAAAGCUACAGAAAGGAAGAAGGACGAGCAGGGAACUGAUGUGGAGCGCGCAGACUACAGCUUAAAAUAUAUAUAUGGGG